CACACACACAGACGGACACACACGCGCUCUCUCUCUCGAGCGCGUGCGGGGACGCCUGCGCGCAGAUUGGUCGAUCCUCCCAACCUGGGGCUCGUGCGCGUCGCGCGCCUCCCGCGACUCCCGCUCCACUGCCCGCGCGGAGACACCCAGGCGCAGAAGGAGACGCGGCGGCGCCUGGACGGGACGGUCUUCCGCUACCUUCGGACAAAUAAGAGAAAUCUAAACAUUUUCCUCUCAGUUUUCAGGGAGAUUCUGUUGUUUAUCUAUGGACUCCAAUGAAGCGCGAGCUCGUGCCGCCGAUCGAUAAGCCGUGACGAGGCGCGCGCGGUGCCCAGCCAUGAGCUGCCUGGAUGUGAUGUAUCAGGUGUACGGUCAUCCCCAGUCCUUCUUCACAGCGGCGUACGGCCCCUAUCAUCCGCAGAAACUCGCACUUUACCCCAAGAUGCAAGAGGCGCAGGAGAGUGUCGGCGCGAGCGGCCCCUUCUCGAGCCACGCCGCGCCCGCCAUAAAGGAGGAGGAGGAGUGCGCGCACGACAAGGAGCGUCCGCCCGAGGCCGAGUACAUCAACCCGCGCUGCGUGCUCUUCACCUACUUCCAGGGGGACAUCGGCUCCGUGGUGGACGAGCACUUCAGCCGCGCGCUCAGCCAGCCCGGCGGCGCGAGCGGCAGCAACAAGCACGCGCGAGACGGAUCAUUCCCCAUGAGCCAGAGGAGUUUCCCCCCCUCCUUUUGGAACAGCACCUACCAGCCGUCCGUUACCGCUUCGCUGGGCAGCAGCCUGAGCAGCACUCUGGGGAGCGGCCAUGCCGAGAUGCCCUUCCCUGCGGACCCCUACUCCACCGCCUCCCUGCACAGCCACCUCCACCAAGCCCCUCCAGAGCCAUGGCACCCUGCACACCACCACCAUCAUCAUCAUCAUCACCACCCGUACUCGCUUGGAGGUGCCAUCGGCACCCAGAGCUCCACAUACCCCCGGCCCGGCAUGCAUGAUGUCUACGGUACGCACUUCGACCCUCGAUACGGCUCACUGCUCAUGCCCUCUGUACGGCCUCAUCGGCUCGGCCCCACUGGGACGCCCGCUUCUGGGACCCCGCAAUGUGACAUAAACAAGAGCGACACAGCAGGUUCGGCGUGGACUGGAGCGUUUCCAGGGACCGGAUCUGACAUAAGCCAGAGUCUCGGUCUCAGCAUGGAUGCAGGUCUGCCGGCGCAGGAUAAGAGCAAGGACAUGUACUGGUUUUAGAGCUGUGCCGCCCCCAGCCAGCCCAGCCGGGGCUCGGUGUCACUCUGCCUUGUAGAUGUUGACAGACCUUUUCUGUAACAGAUUCUAAUCUCACUUGCAGCUCGACGUUACACCCUCUGUGGCGGGACCAUCCUCAGCUGAACCCUCCACUAAGCCCUCCAGAAACCGGGCGGACGAGAGAGACAGGGAGCCUCCAGCAUGACAGAGACAGUAAGGGGGAGAGGCUCUAGAGGCCUUAAGAGAAGAACUUCCCAGAAUGCACUGGUGUUACUGGAGGCUGCUCCCUUUACCGCUGUCCGUCUGAAUCGGGGGCUUUCGGCUUUUCCAGAGGGAACUCGAGGGGAAAAGAGCUGAUUUUUUCCAAGAAAUUCUGAACAGACUAAAGCAGAUGUGGAGGCUUACGAACAUGAACCUAACCUCUGUGACGGUUUUCAAAGUUCACAGUGCUGCGAUUUCUUUUCGAAAACAGCAAAUCGGUGACCGACAUGAGAGAGGAAACUAUUCUGUCACGACUGAAGCAACCGGAGACUAUUUGAAGCCACUCGCCUUGUGCGUAUCCUCCUGCAGCUGUCAGCGACAACUGUUCCUCAACUGGACGGACACACGGUCGCGGUGUCGCUGCACCGAGUCGGGCCGAGCCAAGUGGUCCGGCCUCCACACAAGGAACGUGUUGUCAGAUCUGUACUCCCCCCCACCAGAGAACAACUGGUCUGUGCUUUUGGGAUGGAGGGAGAGCAGAGAUGAAUGGUGGACACACAAUCUCUGCACCACUUCACUCCAUCUUUGUGUGUGUUUUUUUUCUGUGUGUUUGCUGGUGUGAGAUACUCUUCGGUGCAGUUAUUUUACGGUGGAUUAAGGAAAAGACGAUUCUAACUGUGAAAAGGGUUGAAUUAAAGAUCUUUACACUGUAGAUCUUCAUUGUUAUCCUGUCCUUGUCUAUAUAAUGAAAGUGAAAUAUUUAGUCAGCUGUUUUUGAAUGUGAAUAUAUUAAUAUAUUGACAAAGUAUUUUUCUUCCUGGUACAAUCCUGAUGUAAAUGCUAUGUAUUGUAUGUCUUAGCUUUUAACUAUACAGAAACAGUGCAGGAUCAUUAAAACUGAACGUGUUCCUGAUAAAUGGCUCCGUAAUUUGUUCUGGAAGGCUAAAGCUGGAAGUCAGUGAC